CCAAAUCGUUUUUAUCUGUGGAAAAACGUCUUUGUUCCUUCCUCUCUGUCUCGACUUUUUCUACUGGUUGAUCAUCCUACGGGUCCACAAGAGAGACAUACAUAGCAAAUUUAACUUAAUCGUUAACGUCAUUCUGUAGCUAUUUAUUGUUAUUUUCACCAAACUAAGAACAUGUUUCAGCUUAUAGUUUCAUAUUAUACUAUUUCCACCGAUCAACUGUAGUUGAUAAUACGUAUUGUAAAAUGCAGUAUCGUAACUAGCUAAAGCUUAAAUGGUAAAUCGAAAUAAGAGAUUUUAAAGGCAAACGACUAUUUUAUUAUUCAGCUAACGUUAGUCAACUACCGUAGACUGCUAACUUCACACGGUAUACAUGGCUUAUGUCAUGAAAGUUCAAACCCUACAGGGUUUAAGAAUAUUUCAACAGACAUUGAUAUGGACCAAAGGAUCUGUGCGGUUUGCCUCAGUUGGGCAAGGCAGGAUAGAAAAAGUCCUCAUUGCCAACAGAGGAGAAAUCGCCUGCCGUGUGAUGCGAACAGCAAAGAAGAUGGGAGUGCGCUCUGUGGCAGUAUACAGUGAUGCAGACCGUCAUUCCAUGCAUGUGGCCAUGGCAGAUGAGGCCUAUAACAUUGGGCCAGCCGCAUCCCAGCAGAGUUACUUGUCCAUGGAGAAAGUCUUGGAGGUUGCCAAGAGAUCUGGAUCACAUGCUGUCCACCCAGGAUAUGGCUUCCUGUCAGAGAACACAGAGUUUGCUGAGGCUUGCAAACAGGAGGGUAUAAUCUUCAUUGGUCCUCCAUCAUCUGCUAUCAGAGACAUGGGUAUCAAAAGUACAUCAAAAUACAUAAUGUCAGCUGCGGGUGUUCCUAUCAUCGAGGGUUACCACGGAGAGGACCAAUCGGAUGAGAAGCUCCAAGCUGAGACGGUCAGGAUUGGCUACCCAGUGAUGAUAAAGGCUGUGCGUGGCGGGGGUGGUAAAGGAAUGCGCAUUGCACACACCGCUGAAGACUUCCAUGAGCAGCUUGAGUCUGCGAGACGAGAGGCGCGCAAGUCCUUCAAUGAUGACGUCAUGCUAGUGGAGAAAUUUGUAGAGGACCCCAGACAUGUGGAGGUCCAGGUCUUUGGGGACCAGCAUGGAAAUGCUGUCUACCUGUUUGAGAGGGACUGCAGCGUACAGAGAAGGCACCAGAAGAUAAUUGAGGAAGCACCAGGGCCUGGAAUUAGCGAGGAGGUGAGGCGGAAACUGGGUGAGGCAGCCGUGAGAGCAGCCAAAGCCGUCAACUAUGUGGGAGCAGGCACUGUGGAAUUCAUCAUGGAUGCACAGCACAACUUCUACUUCAUGGAGAUGAACACACGUCUGCAAGUGGAGCACCCUGUGUCUGAGAUGAUCACUGGUACUGACCUGGUGGAGUGGCAGCUCAGGGUGGCUGCAGGUGAGAGGCUGCCCCUCCUGCAGGAUGAGAUAGAACUGAUGGGCCAUUCGUUUGAGGCCAGGAUAUACGCUGAGGACCCCAACAACGACUUCCUCCCUGGGGCAGGACCCCUCCUUCAUCUGUCUACACCCCUGGCAGACGAGUGCACACGCAUCGAGACGGGCGUCAGGGAAGGAGAUGAAGUGUCAGCCCACUACGACCCCAUGAUCGCUAAACUGGUGGUGUGGGGAGAGGACCGAUCUGCUGCUCUGAAGAAGCUCAGAUACUGCUUACGCCAGUACAAUAUCGUAGGCCUCAACACCAACAUUGACUUCCUGCUGAGUCUGUCUGGCCACCCAGAGUUUGAGGCGGGGAAUGUGACCACCAGCUUCAUCCCCCAGCACUAUGAGCAGCUGUUCCCCAAGCCCAGCCCUCCCUCCAGGGCCACACUGUGUCAGGCUGCCCUGGGCCUGCUGCUCAGAGAGAGGGCCAGCACCCAGACCUUCAGAGACCAGUCCAACGAUCCCUUCUCUCCUUUUGCCUCCAGUAACGGCAGGAGGGUGAACAUUCUAUACAGUAGGAAUAUGACGCUCCAGCUGGGUGAAACUAAAGUGGAAUUAAAGGUUACAUACAAUUCAGAUGGGACCUACUCUAUGGAGAUUGGAGGGGAAGUGUUCCAGGUGUCAGGGGAGGUGGAGACAGAGGGACAGACAUCAUUCCUGCACUGCUCUGUGAAUGGGGUGAAGUCCCGGCCCAAACUGGUCAUCCUGGAUAACACAGUACACCUCUUCUCUAUGGAGGGCAGCGCGGAGGUGAGCGUUCCAGUGCCCAAGUUCCUGGCUGGUGUGAGCACAGGAGCACAGGGAGGAGCUGUGGCACCCAUGACCGGGACCAUUGAGAAGGUGCUGGUGAAGGCAGGAGACACAGUGCAGAUGGGAGACGCCUUGAUGGUGAUGAAUGCCAUGAAAAUGGAGCACACCAUCCGAGCACCCAAAGCUGGAGUCAUCAAGAAGGUGUUUUUUAAGGAGGGCUCCCAGGCCAACCGACACGCAGCCCUGGUGGAGUUUGAGGAGGAAGCGGAGGCCACUGAGGAAGAAUAAUCUCAAUCUAAUCCUCAUCUGUGUGAAAAUCUAUUUGUGAACUUUGAGACUGUAAAAGUUACUGUAGAAAUCAUAGGAAAGAGGCAUUUAGAAUUUUUAUUUUACCUUUAUUUAACUAGGCAAGUCAGUUAACAAAUUCUUAUUUACAAUUCAACCGGAAGGGUUGAUGCAUUUUCUAUAGGAGUAGCAAACUGCUGUACAAUCCUAUGGGAACACACUACAGGUCCAUGUGGAUCACACUGUACAGUUGCCUAUGAGAUGCCAGAAAAUUGCCGUCAUGUUUUGUGGUAAAAAAUUGUAGAUUUUCAACAACACUGGUAUAUUUGCUCAAAACGCCACUUUAUCACGUGUGGUGUGACUCUGGCCCAACCUAUCGGUUUCUGGGACCAAUCAGAUGGUCUAGAAUGGAUUUCCAUUCUAGAAAUCAUCGGGGAGUUUCUCAGAUCCAGAAACUAACGUCCGUGGGCAUGACGUGGCUUCUAGCUUCAGUUUUGUGCAUGCUGCCACAUCUCCUAUAGCCUGGUCCCAGAUGUGUUUGGCUUGACAAUGAGUUGGCAAGAGCACAAACAUGUUUUUGACAAUGACUUGGCAUGAUAUCACAAACAGACUGGCACUCAGGCUACAUCUUAGUCUUGGAAAUCCCAGACCUAGGGCAAUAUUGUGGGAGCCAACCAGUCUGUCUAGGGAGACUAGCUACAUCUCAUACGAUUCAGAUUCACUCCAGGCUGUGAAAUUACAGUAAGGGCUAUUCACUGAUAACUGCCUCCCUUGUAGUGAUUAAUGACCAUAGUGUAGUUACUUUAGUCCAAACUAUUACAAUGGAAGAGAUGGUCUUUCAUCUGAACUCAUCAUUAAACACUUCUCACAUAUCAUGUGACCUACAAAAUCAAUUGACCAUCAAAUAACUAAUUUUAGAGAAGGGUGGUGCACACCUGUGUUUUUAUAGGUGUUGAAAUCUGUCAGGGUUAUAAAGUGUUGAAUCCCCCCAAGCACCCACUCCUGACAAAUUGUUUGGGGUAAGUUAUUAUGAAUGUCUACUAACGUGUGCUGUCAUCCAUUCAAUAGUGUGCCUAAUUGUUGACGUGUUCCCUUUGUUGAUUUGUAAUUAGCUGAGUGUUGUCAAAUUACGUUUUUCUAAAAUACCAUUUCAUAUCGAGAAACUCAAUGUCCUGACAUUUAUUUUGUAGCUAUAUAGAUGUAUAUUACUAUGCUAGUUACAUUUUAGUCAUUUAGCAGACGCUCUUAUCCAGAGCGACUUACAGUUAGUGAGUGCAUACAUUUUCAUACUGGUUCUAUCGAAUGGUCACAGUAGUGUGUGUGUGUACAUUCGUUGCAUACACAGUCUGCUGGAAAGGACAACAAAAAGGUACAUGCUUUUAAAAAACAUAUUUAUUCCGUAAAUAGAAUUUGCUUUAAACAUCAGCAAUGAGCCAUUUCACUGACAGGAGAGUACAAUAAGACAUUUUUUUCAAUGAACAUGAUCAAGAGAAAUAAACAUCAGCUGACUUCACAUCAGUGUUCCAAGUACA